GAUGCCCUUCGAUCUGGACGGGAGCCCACAACCCAAUUCUUUCUGCUCUGUUUCUACACUAGACCACCUACCUUACCUGUACAGCAUCCAUCCAUCCAUCCAUCCAUCCAUCCAUCCAUCCAUCCAUCCAUCCAUCCAUCCAUCCAUCCAUCGUCCAUCCAUCGUCCAUCGUCCAUCGUCCAUCGUCCUCAUGAGGUAUGUCGCCAAUUGCGCAUACCUGUAACCAUCCGAAAGCCGUGUGUGUGUGUGUGUGUGUGCCCAUUCAUUUCUUACAAGGAAGCUACUUACCUAGUAGCUGCCUUAGUUUUCCCUUUCAUCCCUGACUACCAGUUCUCUCUCUCUCUCUCUCUCGCUCAUUAUUGCCGUCUUGGCCCUUUGAACAAGAGUGAUAUGAUCGGGCUGAACGGAUCGGCGCAUUUGUUUCCCUAGUUUCCUCCACCUUCCAUUUUGCAAACCCAUAGCGCUCUUUUCCCUCUCGCGUCUGGCAGCCCGCCCGCCCGUCCGAGAAAAAUCAGGUCGAGGGCCAUCGCAAUCGCUUCGCAUUUGGCAGUAGUGUAGGUCCUGAAUAUCUGUAGAGGGAGUAGCGGACGAAAAGACCUGACAGCCCCCUGGCGCUGCAGUACAUCGCAACUAAACCGCAAAGAGGUCCCAAAAUCGACCGACGACCCAUUCAGAAACUGCCCGAGUCAGCGGCCCCGGUCCACACUGUUAGCGCACACCCCUGGACCCGACUUCCCUUGGAGGAGACCCGUUCCCCGACCCCGUCCCGUACUCAGGUCUACUCUACCUACCCCGUCAAUUGAAUCCGUCUCCGACCACAAGCACGCUGCUUGCCCGCCCCGUGUUGCCCUUCCACAGUCCCUCUUCGCAUCCAGAUCCCAUCCGCUGGGCUGCGAACCUACCACAAUACACGGCACCACUUCCGUCCUCCCGUCCGUUAUCCCAAGCAGUUCAUCCUCCUGCUUGACUCUCUGAGACACCAUCACCAUCCGCUCUCUGACACGACGGGACUGGACCUUGAACACCUGCAGUACUAGGCCUGGACGUGUUCGUUAUCUGUCCGCUACCACGGCAUACAGUCCCAAGGCAGCAUCAACCCACCCGCUACUGCACUCCAGCUGCAACUCGCCUGCACCCCGACCUGCACACAACAACCGACUACAUCUGCCGCCGUCACCUUGGUAUCGGCACUGACUGCAGUCACUGCUUCUCCCUCUUCCUCGACCUCAUUCCACGAGACUCCCAAAAGACCGAGCGGGGCCUCUGUUGAGCUAGCCAUACUGUCAUUUACUCUCUUGUUGCCCACGAUUGUUCUGCAUAUACCUAUCCAGUUUUGGGUUUCCUUCCAGCGCGCACCCCCCGUUUUCCAUCCAAGCACCCGUCUGAUCCCAUCUGAGAGACGAAAGCCCACGGGCGAACACCAAGCGCGAUACACACAGGCCGUGACAAAAAAAACACCACCCACGGCUACCCACUACCCGACGAAUCGACCCUGGAGGGGCACUCCACGACCGCGUCUCGGCAAAACAUUCACCGAUUUUUGGAGGACGGAGAGGAACACACCAGACACUAAAGAGGGGGAUAUCACAGCUCGGUUCGCCGGUGAGAUUGAUAUGUCAUGGAUAACUCGUCUACGCCCCUCGCCGACUACUUCUGGAUCGCCGGCAUAGAGAACAUCACCUAUGAUGACGACAGACAGGAAGAGAGCCUCGGCGCCUCGCUGGACACGGUAGAAGACACCAUUAUCGAAGAUGGAGAGGGAGAAACCGAAGGAGAGGAUGAGCUAGGUGACGCGUCGGGCAUUUCCUCUCCACGCGCCGGCGGCCAUCCCCGCCAUUCGCGCCAGAACUCGGGGAACCGCCUGUCGGCACUCUCCAAGCUCUCUUAUAACCCGUCGCUGUCAAGUGAUAAUGACAUCGAAGGUAACACCAGAAGUAACAGAAGCAGCGCGACUAUCCGACCCCUCCCCCUCCCCAACUUGGGAAACGGUACCGGCAACGGCAACUCCAACAACGCCUCCAGCGGAAACGCCACAAAUGCCAACAACACUAACGGUGCUGGUGCUAAUGGUGUCAAUGGCACCAAUGGAAACAACAAAACUUCGCCCGCCGCGUCUCCGAAUCCUAACCAGAUACCCAUGUUCGAUGCCCUCGGCCAGAUCCCGAUCCAAGACGGCUUUCUCUCCGACCUCGACUUCGACAAGGCCCUCCUCAAGUUCGCCGCUGAGAGGGAAAACUUCCUUGACGAUCUUACCUUCAGCGCUGGCGCUAAGCUCCAGUCGAGGCCACCCAUGGUGAACCCUAGAACCGAGAAACUGAGAGUGGACGACGACCAGAGCGGCCGAAAGAGUCCCCUUAAGAGCAUCCGUGGAAGCAUCCGCCGCAAAAUUAGUUUUAGGGACAUGAGCAGUGCAAGGAAGCAGCCCAUGACUCCCAGAGCAGCCUCCAUCCGGACAACAAAGCGCCUGAGCAACUACAACUCGGUCAUUCCGCCCCCGGAACCCCUGAACGCAGAUCCCGACAUGCACCCGCUCAAGAGGCGGUUCGAGCCGGUCUUACUGGACAGGUACCCUUCGCGCGAUGCCACCGUGGACGAAUUGUCCAGGAGAGGCCGAUUCCCGGACUACGUGCCCAUGUUUGCCUUCCCCAACGACAUCCAGAUCGUUUCGUCGGACGAUCGCCCCCGCUCGACAUGGCACGGCUUUACCAUGACCUCGGAUGACAACUCCAAGAUUUAUGGAAUCUGUAUAAUCGUUUGGACCGCGCUGGACGCCGAGACAGCGGACAAGGUCGAAAAGAGAUGCGAACAAUGGCGGCAGAGGCAUAUGAGCAAUGAGGAACGCGAGUUGGCCGCAAGUUUGGGCAUUCGUUUGGCAGCGGAGCGUGCUCAUUUGUCGCAGUUGCUGUCAGAGCUGCCGUCGAUUCCUUCGGGAUCUGCUGCUAGGGAGUCGCUGGAUGAGCAGAUCAGCUCGGUCGAGGAGAAAAUCAGCUUGAUGACGGAGAUGCUGAGGCCGCUCAGGCACGGAGCGGCGUCCAAGAUUGACGGCCUCACGGCUGGCGAAACCGGCCUUUGGGUGCCGAGGGCUUACGGAAUCCUUGGCAGGGAUCCAUCCAAAAUGACAUUUUGGAAAGAAUGGCUCCGGGCUGUCACCGUACCCAUGACGGACGGUGCCAUCUUGAGGGUUCCUCCAAGCUCUCCCAAGAUCGGGCGGUGGCAGCCUCUGGAGCGAUAUGUUGUUAACCUGUGCACCGAGGCAUUUAGCCCCCUCAGCUCGCUCACCCAAGUUGAGCUGGGCGUACGCGAAUUGCGGCUUUAUGCCCGCAAGGAGGCUGCCAAUGAAUUGCCAGGAUCGCGCAACAUCGACAUCUAUGCCCUGUUCAGAUGCUUGUCGCUGGAGAACAUUGUGCUCUUGUUCGAGUAUGCUAUGUCCGAAUCUCGAAUCAUCUUCCUAUCCUCCCACACAGGCAUGUUGCACCUUGCCUGUCACGCCUUGGCGAAUCUGCUGUACCCCCUGAAAUGGGCCAGCAUCUUUAUUCCUGUGUUACCCGCCCGGCUGAUCUCAGCCCUCGAGGCCCCGUGCCCCUACAUUGUCGGCAUUGAGCGGCGGUACGAGAAUAUCCAACUACCCGACGACGACUAUGUGCUUGUGGAUCUUGACAAAGACAUCAUCGAUGCCACGGCACAGGCCGUCCCGCUCCCGCGCCAACACAGGCGGAAGCUCAUGUCUCUGCUGCAAAUCGCAGCUCCUCACAAGCUGAGGUACGGUGUGGCAACCGGCCCGCCGCCUUAUGCGAUCGAGGCUUUCCCCUAUGAUGCGUUCUCCGCAGAAAAUGAGGCGCUUUUCAACCCGUCAGCAAAGGCGAGCACUCUGGGCAAAUGGGUGACACAGAACUCAUCCACGUUUGCCGAACCAGAUCCGCCAAACAGUAUGCGCACUCCCCUGUUCAACGCGUUCUCGCAGGCGAGACCAGACUCCGGGCAUGGCCGUCCCACAACCUCAAAGUCAGGAAAAGGGAGCCCACCCUCGUCUGUAUCGCCUGUCUCGAUGCACUUCCCCCCCGCGCCCACCACACCCGUGUCGCGCAGUGACUCUGGUUUCGCUGUUGCGACAACCUUGAGAGAAAAGCGCUCGGGACACUUCGAUGAAAAGUCCAGACGUAGUUCGUCUUUUGGGAUGGAUAAGAAUGGACCACCUCACCCACCACUUCACAGGCCCAGUCUGCCUUUCUUGAUCGGGCACGCUCAGAACCUCUCGAUAUCGUCCAUCUCGAUUGAUUCGCAAUCCUCCUUUGGCGCGUAUGCCCCCUCAACUUACGCCCAGUCAACUAUUGCUGCGUCUACCAUCAUGCCCAACAUGAUGGUCCAGCCUGUCAAGAACACGGAAAACACAGUCUGGGUUGAGGGUCACUGCUUCAACUGGACUCCUAGCGAACAAGACUCCAUCUGCACUAUUUGCGAUGAUCGGUCGGAGGGCAACGGCCUCUACAAGUGCAGUGGCUGCAACUGUCUUGCCCAUAACCAUUGUCUUGGGUUUGCCUCGUUGGUUUGCCCGGCAGCUUUCCAUCCGGAUCGCGUUAGGGCCGCAUUUGUCCGUUGUAUGGCAAGCUUGCUUUACACUUAUAGAAAGCACCUCGGACGACCUACCAAGGAACAGAAGGCUAAUGGUCAGCAUUAUGCCUUUGAUAUGGAUGGGUUCAUCAGGAGUCUGCCCUACGAUCAACAGGAUUAUGCGACUAUGCUGAGGGAUACUCAAGCGUUCAACGAAUUUGUUCACGAACGCGAGAGAAUACCCCCGUCCGACCCCGCCAUUCGACUAUUUGAUGAAGUCAUCCUGGCCAAGAAGGCCCGCGGUCGCCCCGUCUUUUCCCAAGGGUUGUCCCGUCUCUCCACUAUCCGCGCCUCCCACGGCGUCUCCGCUUUUGGGCCGAGCAGCGCGAGUGCAGCGAGACAGAAUAAGAAUCCGGGGUACCUGAACGACACGACGGACCAUAUCUGGCGGACCGCCUCGGUACCGGUGCCCUCGUCGACCAAGUUCAACGACGGAGACAACUACAGAUCCAUCGUCACGCGUGUGCCGGCCAGACUGGAUCCCACUCUGAUGAAGGAACCAAGGGCAAUACAAGGGGUUCCCAGACCUGAACAGGGCCGGGUAAGAGGGCUAAUCAGGAAGCAAGUGGCCAGCAUGCUUGGACCGCCCACUCCGGAUUUCAGGGUUCCAUAGAUCAUCAGGCCAGGCAGACCGCACUAGAGGCAGCAUAUACGGCACUUUUUGUAUGGCCUGAACUGUGUCAAGAAACUUGUAGUAACUGUAUAAGUUGUAAUUUUGCGUUGUGGUUUGUGGUGGUCUAGCGCGGGGAAGGGACAGAAAGAUGCUGGUAAUAAUUAUGUUUUUCUUGGUUUUGGUUCUGCCAUCUUGCUUGGCUGUGGAAUAAAGUAGCAAAAGCGAGUGGGAGCUGGUUGGGGUUAGGGGAAGGUGGGAACAUAAGGACGGUGGCAUAAGGGAUUCAUAUUGAAUUGUUUAUUGUUUUGCUCUUUUCAUUUUCUCUCUUUUUGCCUCGAGAAACACACACACGCGCACGCACACACACACGCACACACACACACACACACACACAUCACAUCACAUCACACACUACACAUUUGCAUCCAUGGACAUGUUUCUUUUUUUUUUUUUUUUUUUUUCUUCUUUGUCUCACUUAGUACCACCCACGAUCGCACAUAACAUCCACAAGAAAGAGAGAGAGAGAGGGAGGGAGAGAGAGCGAAAUGGAGAAAGAGCAUAAACGUGCUGUGGCCCUGUCUUAGUGGCUAUAGAGAAGGCAUGCUCGGGUGGCGGUUUUUUGGCUUUUCUGAGAGGGAGAGGAAGGGAGAAGGGG